AUGAGUGCUCGGACGCGACGACAAAAGGCCGCCUUGGGCGUGUCCGCCGAUGAUAGUGAAGAUCUGUCCACCGGCAAUGGCAGUGCCUCGACUCCAUCCAGAUCCACCAGGCGCACACCGUCCAAGAAGAGGUCCCGAUCAGCUCUCAAGGAAGAGGAGCCCGCGGAGAACAUCUUCAUGUUUGCCCCAAAUCUUAUCGGGUAUUUCCGAGUCGUCCUUGCCAUCGCAUCCCUUUAUUACAUGCCCCUCCACCCUCGAACAUGUUCCCUUCUCUAUAGCGUGUCGUGUCUGCUCGACGCGCUGGAUGGAUAUGCGGCGCGUUACUUCAACCAAUCGACCACCUUCGGCGCUGUGCUGGACAUGGUGACGGACCGUUGCACUACCUCCUGCUUGAUCGUUUUCUUGAGCUCUGCCUGGCCCCGAUGGGCCAUUAUUUUCCAGGGUCUGAUCUGCCUGGAUCUGGCUAGUCACUACAUGCACAUGUAUGCCACGCUGAGCAUGGGUGGCUCGGAUCAGAGCCACAAGAAGGUCGAUUCCAGCCGCAGCUGGAUCCUCUACCAGUACUACCACAGCAGGGUUGUCCUUUUCAUUUGCUGCGCUCUCAAUGAGCUGUUCUUCAUCGGCCUCUACCUGCUCUCCUUCUCCUCGCCGAUCCUGUCGCCCUCCCUCCUCCAGCCCGUUGGCGGCGCGCAGCCUUCCUCGGUGCAGCCCGGAAACCCCGCCAACCCGGUGCCCACCAGCCUUUUCGCCAGCCCGUGGAGUGCCGGUGCCCUCGAGAUGGCUCGCGCCAACAAGAUCGAUAGCUUCUGGCCAUGGGUCAUCACCGGCGUCUCGGCCCCAGUCAUGCUGUUCAAGCAGUUUGUCAACAUUGUCCAGCUGGUCAACGCCAGCCGCUGGCUUGCAGAAGGCGACCGCCAGGCCCGCCGUGCCAACCGUAAGAAGUGA